AUAAUAAUUGGUAAUGUUGGUAGAGUGGUGUUGCUGCAGGCCAGCAACAGCAACAUCAGUAUUCAAGGCUCAGCUGCUUCAGGAUUAGCACGUAUCUAGUAGAAGGCAUAGUGUCAGGAGUUAGGCAAAUACUGCUGUCUGGUACCUAAUCAAGCUAAUGGGCUUAUUAUGGCUUUGCCGCCGGCUGGUCCGGAUAACUGUAGACAUUGCUGUGAUUCUGCUGAUCAUUGUCCUUCUUCCUGGCAUUCCUCCUGAUGCAUCUUUCACAUCAACUGAACAUGAUGAAUGUUUACCAUUGGAAGGGCCAUUAGCCAAGAACAAUAAGUUGGAUGCGGCAGAUAGGAUUAUGGACGGAAAAAUUGUUGGCCCAGAAUCUAUUGCCUCUCGUGAUCCAGAAGAGAUCUUUGUGAGCUUACAUGGUGGCAAAAUUCUUCGUAUCUGGGGUCCUAAGUUUGACCAUUUCAAGAUAGUUGCUUCGAUUGGGCCCGGUUGUGAUGGUCCAUGGCAGGAGAAGGUGUGUGGAAGACCACUUGGGCUACGCUUUGCCCCUGAUGGACGUUUGCUGGUGGCUGAUUCUUAUCUUGGUCUCUUUGUAGUUGAUGUUGACACAGGCGAGAAGGAACAGUUAUUUGACAUCUCUCAGGAAAUUGAUGGUGCUGUACCCAAAAUACUCGAUGAUAUUGAUGUAGACGCUGAGGGUAAUAUAUAUUGGUCAGAUGCUUCAACAGUUUGCACACUUGAGGAUGGCCUUGUGGAAUUCUUGAGUGAUCCAAGUGGAAGGUUGCUCAGGUUUGACCCUAAAACAAAAUCCAACACAGUACUAGUGAAGAAUGUUCAUUUUGCCAAUGGUGUCCAGCUCUCCCCGGAUCAUGAAUUUAUUUUGUUUUGCGAAACUUUCAAAAAUCGGGUUAUAAGAUAUUGGCUCAAAGGUCCUAAAGCCGGUCAGACAGAGGUGUUUGUAGAUAGGCUUCCAGGUAUGCCUGACAACAUACGAAGCAAUAAGAAUGGUGGAUACUAUGUGUCACUUAUUGGUGUUUACAGUGAAUUCAGCAGAAAAAUUAAUGGAAUCAUUGGAAAAUUGCCACUUCUUCGAAAACUUGCUGUCAGGCUGCUAACCAUGACACGAUUAGUGUUUGACUCCUUUACCAGGAUUUAUCCCAAUCAAUACACAGAGCGAAUUGCUUAUUGGAUACUCAAUCUUCAUCCUAUAUCACAAGCACAAACACACUUCUCAAACUUAACCAUAGUUGUUGAACUUGAUGCACAAGGGAACAUCAUAAAUUCACUCCAAGGAAAUUCGGGUAAAGUGCUGCAAAUAUCAGAAACAGAUAGAGUGGGUAACUAUCUGUUUUUUGGGUCUCCAUACAAUAAAUAUCUUGGAAGCUUGUAUGUUGGGCCCUCUGUUAUUGAAGUUGAGGGAAAGGGUGUAAAGAUAAAGACAGGAAAAGAGCCAGCUUUACAGAGAGAAGAACAAGUCAACAAGAAAGAAAUAAUUAAAGAGGAGAAAGAUUUAAGUAGUGAUGAAAAUGUUCAAGAGAUAGUGCAAGAAGAUAGAGGUGAAGAGUCUGCCUAUAAAAAAAUUGGAAAAGCUGAGAAGCAGUCAGAAGAGAUUAAAGAACAUAUGAAGUUAAAGCAAAAAGUAGAACAUGUGGCAGACAUAAAAAUAAAUGAUAUAGUAGAAAAAGAGGCUGCAGCAGUGGAAAGUAAAGAAAAGCUGGAGAACACUGAGAAAGAAGAGCUUUAAAAUCCUUUAUAUAUGGGUUUAAAAUGUAUAUUAGAAGAGUUUUGAAAUCCUUUAUAUAUGGGUUUAAAAUGUAUAUUAGAAGAACUUUUAAAUACUUUAUAUGUGGGUUUAAAAUGUAUAUUGGGUAUUUGACUAAGUAAAUAAUAAUUCAGCUUGUGAUAUAUUGAAGUUAUUGACAUUUUAAGCUAAUUCUGCAUACAACUUAAGAACACAUCAGUAGCAGCAUUAUAAUUUUUUUUAUGCAUAAUAUGCACAGUUGAUGACUUUUUGAUCACCCAUGAUGAGGACUAAAUAAUUCAACUUUCGUUUUUUUCCUCAUUUUGGGUGUGAGAACUUACCAACACAGUGGAACCUCAAUACUCGAACUUAAUUCAUUCCAGAAGGCUGUUCAAGUGCCAAUCUGUUCAAGUACCAAACGAAUUUUUCCCAAAAGAAAUAAUGUAGAUUUGAUUAACCCAUUUCAGACCACCAAAAAUACACUUACAGCAACUUUGUGGUGUAUUUUUGUAUGAUAUUUAUGAUUGUAUAUUGGUUUUCUUGGUCUCAUUUGAUAGAAUGAAAGAUAUAUUACAAAAAUAGAGAUGAUUUUCAAUAGUUUACAGACUACCUUGAAAUUGAGCUCAGAAAUAGCAGCAAUGUUCAAUUUUUGCUGAUGUUCAAGAGUAAACAAGUCAAGUCACGCAUCCAGUACACGUCAGCUGGUGGGUCUAAUAUGCUUUCAAUAAUAUGCUUUUCAAUAAUGACAUAGUCUGCACAACAGUAAAUCUUCUGUGUUUUUUUUUUUUUUGUGUGUGCGAAUAAAAAUUCAAAAUGGAAAGCAAGCAUAAUAUAAGAGGGGCUCAAAGUGGGAGGAGCUAUGGGAAAGGGAGGGGCCAGCAGAAGGAGCAUUCAGUAUCUGAUGAGUCGUCUUGAUAGCCAGAUACUAGCGGUGGCGUGAGUACAAUGUUGUGUAAUUAUGCUAAUAUUAGUAAUAAAGGUUAUCUAUCACAUUUAUUCCAACUUGAUAUCAGAAACACGAUAGAUAACCUAAAAGCACAAUAAAGAUGCCAAAAUUAAUAAAAGGCAUAUUAUAUGGAGAGGCGGAAUGCAGUGUUUACAUCAGGGGCAAACACACACUAACCAAUUUUCUUUUUGGUUGACUGUUAUCACUAAUCUUCUUAGGCCCCAUGGUAACUUAUACAAAUAAUAUAAAAAACAAAAACAAAAAAAUACAAAGAAACAUGAAAUAGUUUAAAGUUCAGCGGAGUUUUGUACUGAGCGACAGCUGCGGGGAGACUGACGCUUAUGUUCUGGUAGGUCAUGUUUGUUUCAUCGAGUGCCAAGCAAACGGUUAACUAUCAAGUGAUUUUUUAUACCGAACAAAGCGUUCAAGUACUGAAUUGUUCAAGUACCGAAUUGUUCAAGUACCAAGGUUUCACUGUAUUAGAUUUUUUUUUUUUUAACAAACUGGCCAUAUCCAAACAAGGCAGGGUGACCUAAAAAGAAAAAUGAAAGUUCUUCUUUAUAAAUUUAGGAAUUUAUACAGGAGAGGGGGUUACUAGCCCCUUGCUCCUGGCAUUUUGGUUACCACUUGCAACACACAUGGUUUACAGAUGAAGAAUUCUUUUCCACUUCCUCAUGGAGAGUAUUAGAAAUAUUUUCUGUAAAAUACUCCUAAACACUACUGAUAUGCAUAUUAGAAUGCCCAAAUAACAUAAACUAAGCAAAUAUUUAAAUAUGAAAGCUGGAAAAAUAAAGAGAAGCAGGAAAAAGGUUCAGUAAUUUGUAAGAGACUGGAAAAAAUUGAACAAGGAGAAAACAUUAACUUGUAUAUAUAGCAGCCAGAAGGUAGCUUAUGUGCUUUCUGCAGAUUUAAUCAUUAUUGUAAAUAUUUGGUAAAUUAAGAAUGUACAGUAUACUUAUCAGUAUUAGGACAGUUUAGGAAGUGCUGUAAUGUAAUCUGUUUUAAAAUUCUCACUGGAGGAUUAGAAGUUUUGGGUUUUGUAGCAGAACAUUGGCCCAGAGCUUGAUAUAUGGGUGGUUGUUCAUAGCCAAAUCUGCUUCUCAAAUCAAAACUUUAUACUAAAAGGUGACUGACUUUUAAUGAAAAAAACAAUAAACCCUCAAUUUUACAGACUUCAGAAAUAUGGGUCAAAAUCCACUGGUUUGCUUGAAUCCGAAACACUGAGCAAAGUCCAUUGAUUACAGAAUUAUUUGCAUUGUUGCAAUUAUUGCAAAACAAGUCUUGUUUCUACCACAGUUGCCAUCACCAGCCACCUACUCCCUCCUGUUAGUCUGUUAAAUCAGGGUUUACUAGUAUAGUGUAGUAGAUUUUAAUCACAUUCAUUGUAUGCACAUAGCUGAUCAAUUUUUAGAAAAUAUAGUACUUGUUUUAAAUAGC